AUGAAUUCCAUUACUAUUGCUGUAGCAUUGUUAUCCAUUGCAUUUGUCCAUUGUGGACACAAUGUGAAUCCACAUUUUAUGGCUUACAUGAAACAAAACUACAAACCAGAAGAAGUAGCAGCAUUUGUAAGAGAUGAUUUGACCACCGGAAGUUUUGGUGGAGGAGUUGUUACUAAAGAGACAAAUGAUCGACCAGUUGUCUUCGUUCAUGGUUUGAACAAUGAAGCAGGAAGUCUAUGGAAGGUUGUUAAAGACUUUUCUGCGGCCGGAUACACUUCUGAAUACCUAUUUGCUACGACAUGGGGAAGAGGAGUAGAACAAAUGAAUUUAAAUGUUGCUAUGUCUUGCGCCCACGUCAAACAUGUUCGCAAAUUUAUAGAGCUGGUUCUCAAAUACACAGGGUUCAAGCAAAUCAACAUAAUCGGAUACUCAAUGGGAUCACCUAUCGCUAGAAAAGCUAUUCUGGGAGGAAAAUGUGUCGACGAUAAAAGUGUUGAAUUGGGACCAUCAUUGCAAUCCAGAGUGCAUACUUACAUUUCUGUAGCCGGUGCUAAUCAGGGAUCAUAUCUAUGCGGGCUUCCUUUCUUUGACAUUUGCAAUAUGAACACUGGAUUAUCUUGUAAUUCGAAAUUCUUGGCUGAUAUCAACUGGUUCAAAAACUACGAAUCUUCUUACAAGAGUUUCAAUUUGGCAUCCACAGCAGAUUGGGUUGUUGGGUAUAUGGCAUGUGGAAAGAAGGCAUCUGAAUUCCCAGGAGGACAUGAAUGGAAGGUCGAUGGAAUGAACCAUGAACAGACUGAGUUUGAUACUGCUGCAAUUCAGUUGCAAAUGUUGAGAGAAUCAUACGCUGGACAGUCAAAAAGCCGUCCAAUCGCCAAAACAGCUCAAGAGAAGAAAAAGAAAGAAGUGAGAAGGUCUCCAACAAAGCCAAAGAAUGUCCAGAAAAGAGUUCCGGUCCCAAACAAACCGGCACCAAAGAAGGCUGCUCCAAAGAAAGCUGCUCCUUCAAAGAAGGACGCUCCGAAAAAGGCCGCUCCACCGAAAAAGACUCCAGCUAAGAAAGCAGCACCAGCCAAAAGAGCAGCACCAAAGAAAAAUGAUAAAAAUAAUCAGAAGAAAUCAGGAUAG